UGGAGGAAAUGAAGAAGAGUUAUUCUGAAAAGGUCAAGGAAGUUGACAGAUUACGAAGAGAGGUUGCUGAACUUUCCCAGCAGCUGGACAGGGAAUGUCAAAAGUGCACGCAGCUGGAAGCCAAAAAUCAAGAUUUGCAAGACGAACUGUCUACCCUGCGUGGGAAGUGCGAGAACCUGGAGAUGGACAAAUGCCAGCUGCAAGAAGAGCUGGCAAAACUCCGGCAUCAUUUGGAGACUGACUUGGUGGAUCGCAGCCAACUCGAACAAUGGAAAAAAGAGGUGGAAGAGCAAGCCGACCGGGAACUCAGACAAAAACUCCAGGAAGUCAAUGAGUUUUUGCAAGCACAGGCAGCCCACCAGGACACAUUAGAAAAAAUCCGAAGCAGUCAUCUGGACUCCCUGAAAAACCAGUUAGAAGAGAGAAUUAGAGAUCUUGACCGUGCACUGGGAAGGAUAAGAAGCAACCAAGCAGAAAGACCUUUUCAAAAAGAAUCCACCCAGGCAGAAGUGGAAAAGUAUAAAGAACUGUAUGUGGUGGAAGCAAAAAGCAGAAAAAGCCUCGCCAAGAAACUGGAAAGAGUUCCAGCAGUAACAGCACAGUAG